GUCUUCAGGAAGUCUACUAUGAGGGCAUCCUGCAUAGAUCCACUCCACAGGAUCCCGCAGCAGCCAUGAUCUCCAAGCACCUUGGCAUCCGACAGAUCCGACAGUUGCGGAAGAAGGAGCCGGCAGCUGCACCAGUUGCAGCCACACCGCUGGCGGCACCGGAGGCGGCACCGGUGACGGCCGUGAUUUUGGAGGACGCUGAUGAGUCCUUUGCAGAUGGCCGCAUCCUCCAGGUUGGGGAGGAUAGCAUGUUGGAUUUGGGAGAACAAGAUCACAUCUGCGGCGUCUCCAGUGAAGUAGUUCGAGCUCUGCCGAGCUACCCUUUGGAGGAGCUCGAGAAGGAUGCAGCACCAUGCACCAUUUGCCAGGAGGCCUUCGCGAUCGGCGAUAUGUUGAAAGAACUUCCAUGUCAGCAUCGGUUUCAUCAAGGUUGCAUCGAGAAAUGGCUUGGAGUGAGCACCAAUUGCCCCGUGUGCAACAAAAUCUUGGAAUGA